AUGUUUGCAGCCAAGAACCCCUUCGAGGACAUCGUCGCAAACGCAACCUCGGACGAGCUCACCGCAGAGAAUUGGGAGCUCAACCUCGAAGUAUGCGACAAGGUCUCGUCCGGCGGCGAGACAGCAGCGCGCAACUGCAUCGCUGCUAUCCAGAAGCGACUCGUGCAUCGAAACGCAAACGUCCAGCUCUACUCGCUCACUCUCGCCGAUGCCGUCGCCAAAAACUGCAGCCUGACCGCACACCAGGAACUCGCAAGUCGCUCCUUCACACAGACGCUCGCACGCACCUGCUUGGAUCGCAACACCCACGCAGCCGUCAAGAAGCGAUGCUAUGCCCUCGUAAAGGAGUGGGCAGGCGAGUUCGACGACGAGAGCCUCGGCCUCAUGAAGGAGACCUACAACUCCCUCAAGUCCCAGGACGCAGUCCAAGAAGAAGACUCGGCUCCCAAGCCUCCCAAAGAGCCAACCUCGGAGCAGCUCCGAGCAGAGGAUGAAGAGCUCAGAAGGGCCCUCGAACUAUCCAUCCAGGAUCAGGGCGGUCGCCAGGCCUGGUCCGCCUACAACUCGCAGCAGCCCGAGGCGUCCGGCUCCUCCGCCACAGCCGCUUCCAGCUCCGCCAUUCAGCAGCAGCAGCAGCAGCAGCAACCACCUGCCCAAUCUACCGCGCCCUCUUCUCAUCCCCAGCCAAGCCAGCUCAACGUCGCUACGCAGCCAAACCAAUCCACCGCCGCGCCGCCCACGCCUGCCGGUGCAUCCCGCGUACGUGCCUUGUACGACUUCGCUCCCACCGAGCCUGGUGAGCUCGCCUUCUCCCGCGGCGAAAUCAUUCGUGUCUUGGACAGCGUCUACGAGCACUGGUGGAGGGGUGAGGUUCGCGGCGAGACCGGCAUCUUCCCCGUCAACUACGUCGAGGUCCUCCCCGACCCUUCUCCCGCCGAGCUCCAGAGGGAGGCAGAGAUGGAGGCGCGAAUCUUCUCUCAAGCUGCCGACAUUGACAGGCUGCUCAACAAGCUUCGCAGCAUCGACCCCGCUCGCGACAAUCUCGCAGAAGACGAGGAGCUCCAAGAACUCUACCAAAAGUCCCUCGCCAUGCGUCCCAAGAUCGUCAAGCUCAUCGACCGCUACUCCAACAAGAUCACCGAACUCAAGGCCAUGAACGACAAGUUUGUGCGCGCAAGAGGCUCCUUUGACGACAUGAUGGAGCAGAGCCUCUCGCGCUACAACCCCGCCGGCCAGUCCAGCCAGGACUACCUCCGCCCGCGCCCAGACCUCCAACAACACCCCUCGGCCUCCUCGGCCGACUAUGCCAACCAAAACGGCUGGGCCUCCGCACAGGCCUACUCUCCUCAUCCCGCCAUGCCCGCCUCCAACACGCACGACCAGAGCCAGUACCCCUACCACACUCAGCCACCAAACGCUUAUCCUCAGUCCUCGUCUGCCAGGCCAGCAGACGCUGGCUACGCUCCCACGACGCACGCCUCCCCGCAUCCACAGCAGCAGCCCGCUUCCGCCUACCAGUCCAUGCACCAUGACCAGCAGUACUCCUCGGUUCCCCAAGACGACGAGAAGCGCAGGCUCUUUGAAAGGGCGCGCGCCGAAAGCGAGGCCUUUCAACAACAGCACUUCCAGGGCGCAAGUCAGCCGUCCGGAAGUAGUUACGCUGGCGCAUAUCCCUCGCAGCCAGAUCCGUCCGCCCUCAAUCAGCAGUUGGGCAACAUGAACAUCGGAAGCUCCAGUGGCUAUCCUUCCCAGCCCAUCGGUCAUUGA